AUGUGUCAAUCACCAUCAACGGUAGAUACAGGCUUUAUCCUCGUGCCAACCUUGCUCGAAAAUCCAGCAACCUCUGAUCGAGUCUUUCAGCGUAUUUUGGAAUGGCAUCUUCCGCAGGAUCAACUUUCGAAGAUUGUCCCCAACUUGACCAGAUUCGGGUCUGAUGCAAUCUCCAAGGAGAUGAAUUCGCAUAUUGGAAACGCCGAAAUGCAGGAACCAUACAUUAAAAUGCGUAAUGUGUGGGGGGCUCGAUAUGAUGUGGAUCGCUUGGUGACGAGCACCGGUUGGAAGGAGCUGGGGAAAUGGGGAAUUAAGCAAGGUGUUGUGGGUCUUGGAUAUGAGGAAGAAUUCGGAUCGCAUCGUCGAAUUGUUCAGCACGCAUUCAACUAUAUCUUCUCUGCAUCAUCUGCUGCAUAUUCAUGCCCUGUUUCCAUGACAUCUGGUGCAGCACGAUUGGUUCGAAGUCAGCUAGCUAGCGUGCCUGUAGACCAUCCAUUCCACGAGCUCUAUGCACGUCUCAUUGCCCGCGAGAACAACUGGAUUUCAGCCCAAUGGAUGACCGAGCGACCAGGAGGGAGCGAUGUACGCAACAGCGAGACCAUCGCGAUAUAUUCACCCCCCACAACUAAAAGUGGUCGGUUUGGCAGUAUAGCAGAGGGUGACUAUCUGCUAUCGGGCUUCAAAUUCUUUUGCAGUGCCACAGAUUGCAAUAUCGUUUUGCUGCUUGCCAAAACAGAGUCAGGCGAACUGUCGCUAUUCGUGGCUCCGACUGUGAAGAUGAUCGUCGAUACCGACGGAACGACCAGGGAGGUUUCCAAUGGAAUCCGUAUUCACCGACUGAAGAAAAAGAUGGGGACCAAGGAACUCCCCACCGCAGAAGUUGAACUUCAAAAUGUGCGCGCGCACAUGAUGGGCCCGAAAGAUCGUGGCAUCGCAACGAUUGCUCUUCUGCUGAACGUUACGCGUACACACAAUUUUGUCACCGCGCUAUCCUGCCUACGACGUGCACUGGACAUCGCGAAAUCAUUUGCCCGCGCUCGAACUACUAUCGACCAGCCGCUGUGGACGUUCCCGAUGCAUUUGAAUGUUUUGGCUCAGUUGGAGGUUAAGCACCGUGGAUGGAUGCAGCUCGCUUUCUUCACUUCGUCCCUUCUUAGCUACGUGGACAAUGGUUUUCCUAGAGAAGCACCGGGAAUAUUAUCCGUCUUGGGAGAAUCUCCUGAAACUGCAAUUGUUGUACUGCGCGCGUUCACAUCAACUGCGAAGGCCGUUAUCUGCAAAUCUUCCACCUUGGCCUUUCAAGAAUGCCAGGAAGCGAUGGGAGGAGUUGGCUAUAUUGACGAGCCCGAGGAGCCCGAAUUCAACGUUAGUAGACUGUGGCGUGACACCGCGAGCAAUAGUGUCUGGGAAGGAACCACCAAUGUACUCGCCAGUGAAACUGUUCGACACCUGACAAAAGGUAAUAACCUGAACUUGUUCGAUAAUUGGAUUAUCAGCUCCAUUGAUCAAGUUUGCGACAAUGUAUUCCACACAACUCUAUCGAACGUUUGGAAUCAGCUCAGGGCAAAACUGGCUGCCGGUCAAAGUGAUUACGGAUUGCCAGCUGUGCUCGGUGUUGGCCGCCAAAUAAUAUUCACCCUUGCAUGGCUGGUAUGUGGCAUAUUGCUCGCGUUAGAUGCUCAGCGGGACGAUGAUGAAGUUGCUCGUGAAGUCGCCCGGAGGUGGGUGAUUGAUGGACAGGGCGUGCCUGGAGAGUUCGCUUUUACACAUCUGAUUUAUCAACGUUCGACCUCGGGCUUGGAUAGAAGACCUACCGAUAAGGAGCAUACGGAGUGGGACUGUCGUGUAGUUUGGGGCAUUGAGCUUCCCGCCGAUGCCUCUAUGGGAUAUCGAUUGUCCAAGAUUUGA